AUGUCAGCCUCCGGUUCACCGAGAGUGAUUUUUAUUUGGCUAGCUUGAACCCCACGAUGGUUUUCGUGAGCUCACAUCCCUCGCACACCGGGACCGUCCUGCGUGUCCGCGGGCCGCUGGAGCUCAAAUGUCAGCUGGACAGCACAGACGUGUUGUUGAUGCACAAGGUGAUCUCAAGAACAUUUGAGACCCUCCGCUCCCAGGUGAAAUCUGAAUCCUGUGUUCUCACUGUCUGUGACAGUCCUGUUAUUAUUUGGCCAAACAAAGGGGUUAAUGCAACACCCGAAGAAAUAACACCAAACACACUGUGUGAAGAUAUACAUCAGUGGAUACAGACAGAUGAACAGGAGAGCUUUGGCAAGAAAUCUGGAAAAAAGAAGAGCAAAAAAAGUUCAGCAGCAAGUGUCAUAAACCUUCACCUGAUGAUGGAGGUGACAAAGCCAGGCCCUCUUUCGGCUCCCAUCCUCAGCAAAACAUUCCAGAAAUCCCACUUCCUAUCUACGACGCUUCCCAUGGACGUUGUUGUCUGUACCAGCUGCAACGAAACGAUCAAAGAUGCCUGUGAGCGCCUGGUGGAGGCACUAAGUCGCCAGCUGUGUGAGAUGGAGAAAGUGACCUUGCAGCACAUGAAAGGGAACACACUGCUGGUCCCUGAACCGCUCCACUUUCUUCUUCCAGAGCCCAGAGGACUAGUGACCGUGGUGUACCCAGCAGGAGUACCUGACAGCCAACUGGAGACGCAUCGUAAGGAAUUGCAUCAACAGCUUGAGCUACCAGAUGACAGACCUUAUUUUAGAAGAGCCAACACGUACCACUUUCCCAAUGAGCCCUACAGAGACGGUUAUCUCCGAAACCCUCAUCUGGUCCUCACACAUCCUACCCUGGAUGAUGGAAAGGUGUACUUGGUCCAGGGGAUCUACAGCUAUCACCACUACAUGCAGGACCGUAUGGAUGACAAUGGCUGGGGCUGCGCUUAUCGCUCUCUGCAGACCAUCUGCUCCUGGUUCCAGCAGCAAGGCUAUGUAGAGCGACUUGUGCCCACUCACAAAGAGAUCCAGCAGGCGUUAGUGGACGUUGGAGACAAGCAGGCCUCCUUCGUGGGAUCACGCCAGUGGAUCGGAUCCAUUGAGGUUCAGGCUGUUCUGAACCAGCUGCUCGGGGUCACUUCCAAGAUCAUGUUUGUGAGCCAAGGGUCCGAGUUGGGAUCCAAAGGCAGAGAACUGGCCAACCACUUCCUCACUGAAGGGACCCCUGUCAUGAUUGGAGGGGGAGUUUUAGCUCACACUAUCCUGGGUGUGGCAUGGAGUGAGACCACCGGGCAGAUCCGCUAUCUCAUCCUAGAUCCACAUUACACAGGAGGAGAGGACAUACAGGUUAUCACAGACAAGGGCUGGUGUGGCUGGAAAGGACCAGAUUUUUGGGAUCAAACUGCAUAUUAUAAUCUCUGUCUGCCCCAGAGGCCAAAGAUCAUCUGAGCUCUCGCAGCCCUUUAAAUGGUCAUUGUUCGGCAUUGGUAAAGCAUAUGGAAAAUGUAAGAGUGACACUGUAGCUUGUUUGUUUUUUAGGAAUGUGUCCAACUUUGCAAAUUUGAGUAAUUUCUGUAAGAAUGUUAAAUUCUCAUAAUUUACCUGACAGUUUUGGUUGAGUCCUAGCUAAAUUAUUGUCUUGGCGAACUAGACAUAGAUAUAAUUUUUAUAUUAAAAGAUAGAUGAAUCAUAUCAUAUUCAUUCAUUUCUGUGCUUGCUAUUUAAUAUGUCAAAGGCCAAUAAAACAUCUAUACUAAAUAGGCUGAUUUUAUUUUGAAGAGAAAUGCAAUACACUAGGUUUUGUCAUUGCUUUACUGUAUGUUACCUGUAGACAAACAAACCCACCAUGACUGAUGCAAAACAUGGUCUUAACUCCCAUCAUAAGUAAAAUCCCUUCUGCAUCUGGUUCAUGUGAACACCAGUUCAAGGACACCUUUUCUACCAUCCUGUAUGGCUGAUUUUACAAAUGAUUAAACAGUACAGUAUAAUUGAUUGUGUCCUAAAUUUUCCUUUGUUCUUUUUUCAAAUUUUUUUAAAGUUACAGACUAGAGCUGAAACGAUUAGUUCAUCAUUAGAUUAGUCAGUUCAACAGAAAAUAAUUCCGCAAUUAUUUUUUGAUUGAUUAAUCGUUUUCAAGCAAAAGUGCAAAAUAUUAACUGAUUUCUGCUUCUGAAAAGUAUGAAGAUUUGAUGCUUUUCUUUGCCAUUUAUGCCGGAACAUUUAAUGUCUUCGAGUUUUAGAUUGUGUGUUGGUUAAAACAAGAAAUCUGAAGACAUCACUUUGUGCUGUGAGGAAUUAUAAUGGGCCUUUUCACUAUUUUCUGACAUUUUAUACACAAUAAUGUAACUGUUGGUUGUGGCCCUAUUACGGACAACCAAAUUACACAGAUCCUAAAAACCCACUGGU